AUGGGUGGCUGGUCACGUAGUGCAGUGUUGGAGCUGUACAGAGCGCUCCUCCGUGCGGGGCGUCACCUCCAGCACACCGACCGAAACUACUACCGCCGCGCCGUCACCAGAGAGUUCCGCCGCUGCCAAACUCUGAGUGGACCCCAGGAGAAGGAGGAUGCUCUGAAGAGGGGGCAGUUCUUCUUGAACAGCAAACUGGGAGGGCUUAUGUAG